UUGCCUGAAGAGCUUAAAGUCUUUUCAGAGAAGUACAUGGAGUUCGACCUGAACAACCAAGGCGAGAUUGAUUUGAUGUCUGUCAAAAGGAUGAUGGAGAAGAUGGGGGCUCCAAAGACCCACCUAGAACUGAAGAAGAUGAUCUCUGAGGUGACUGGAGGGGUCAGUGAGACCAUCUCAUACCAGGACUUUGUCAACGUGAUGCUUGGGAAACGCUCUGCUGUGCUUAAACUGGUCAUGAUGUUUGAAGGAAAAGCCAAUGAAAGCAACCCAAAACCUUCCGGUCCACCUCCAGAAAGAGACAUAGCCAGCCUCCCUUGAAGAGGAGAGGCUGAAAAAUGGGCACUGUUUGCUUUGCUGGUCUGUGACAGAGGUUACCUGUGCUUUGUUACUCUUUACUGUGGACAGUCCUAGUUUUCAACUAACCUGCCUUAGAGGAACAGCAAGGGAAGCUGGAGACUCCCAGCUCGUGUCUUUCUGCUGCAUCCCUUAGCCAUCUUGAUCUGUUAGACAGAAACUGUAGCACCAAGUGUAAUGUGAGACCAAAAAA